AUGAUGCAAUCAGGAGCAGAAUGUAACUGUAAAGAUAAAAUAUCGUCAUCCGUUAUCAAAUGCACCGACUUGAACCUUGCUCUCUGUCUGGAGCUACAAAAAAUUGUUGAGACGAUAGCUGCGCCUGGAAAAGGAUUGUUGGCCUGUGACGAAUCGCCGUCGAGUUUAAACGAGAGGUUCCAAGAAAUCGGUAUAGAGAAUACCGAGUCCACAAGGCGUGAUUAUCGGGAGAUGCUGCUGUCCGCGGACAAGGCUCAACUCUCGCAGUACAUAAGUGGCGUUAUUCUGCAUCCUGAAACGGUUUAUCAGAGAACGUCGGAAGACGUGGAGUUUAUCGAAUUUCUGCGUCGAAGGAAGAUCGUAGCCGGCGUGAAGGUUGAUCGAGGCCUCGUACCACUCUUCGGUACUGAGAAUGAGAAGACGACGCAAGGCUUGGACGACUUACGGGAGAAUUGCAUUCGAUACAAAAAGGAGGGCUGCCACUUCGCCAAAUGGCGAUGCGUUUUCUCGAUCUCGGAACGGUGCCCGAGUCAAUUAGCAAUGAUUACAAAUGCGAAUGUUCUUGCGAGAUUCGCCAGCAUCUGUCAGAGCACACGAAUAGUUCCUAUAGUAGAACCGGAAAUACUGAGCAACAACGAGCACGGUAUAGAUCGGGCCCUGCAAGUUCACGAAGAGGUGUUAUCCAUCUUGUUUCGUACUUUGAAUGAGCACCACGUAUACCUUGAGGGAAUGGUUUUGAAGCCGGCAAUGGUGUUGUCGGGAAUGAAGAACUCGAUAAAAUGCGCGCCGCAGGUCGUUGCUGAGUACACAGUAACAGCAUUGCAAAGAACAGUCCCCGUAGCAAUCCCAGCGAUCUUUUUUCUGAGCGGCGGUCAAAGCGAUAAAGACUCCAUGUUAAAUCUCAACGCCAUUAAUGCACAUGUUGCGAAAAAGCCGUGGAGACUGAGUUUCUGUUAUGGACGGGCCUUGCAGAAUACAGCAAUGAAAGCCUGGGGUGGAAAUCGAGAAAACGCGGAAAAGGCUCAAGCGAUAUUUUUAAAGAGAUGUAAAUUAUGCGCCGAAGCGUCUUUGGGACAAUUGCAGGUUGAGGAAAAUGAUACGUGCAACGUAAACGACGUCGAAAUUGUUUAAAUGUAAGAGCGUUAUGCAAAUGAUCAAAUUAAUCAAAUAUUUUAUUUUAUAUUAUUACACAUAUAUACGCAAGUCACUUAUGCAAUAUUAUUUUUAUUGUCGAAAAAUUAACAUAUUAAAGAAUGAGCAUUUUAUUUUAUUUUUAUCCUUAAAGAGUACAUUUCUUAUUAACAGAAUUAGGAGUGUUACAAGAAUAAUAAAAAAUGUACGACUUGAAAAAUACGAAAUAAUCGUAUCGCUGUUUACGACUUAAGAGAUAAGAGCCGGAACGAAGGAAAACGGGUCGAGCCCACUUUAUCAGCGGAUAAAGCAAUCACGCGAUAGGCCAGCCCGAUGAUUAGGCGAAGAAAGGCACGUCCGAUGAUGACCACGAACGUACGAGUACGUCAACCUUUGACGAUAUUUUAAAAAAUGCACUCUCUAUUUUUGGUGAAUGUCGAGCAAGGUGCCCUUGACUGACCUCUAAAACGGUGGUUCUCAACGCGGAGCUCUCGCAUACGGAAACUUGUCUGUCUGUUGGUCGAUAUGUCGUCAUUCCCGGCAGAUCCCCACCCGGCAACGUUCCAACGUCCUCCUCCCAACGGGUUCGUGUCAACCCCACGUGGCAUACAUCAGGAACGUAGCACUAAAGGGGAAAGACCCAAGGGAAUUGCUCCGAAAACCUCGUAUUUAUAAAACAGAAGCUUCUUAAACCAAAUUAGUGGUAAAGCAUUUUAUGAUAAGUGCAAAUUGCCUGUAUUUAAAUAAAUUUAAUAAUAGCAAGAUAUUGACUGAAUUGUACGUUCAAAUUUGUCAGACGUAUUUUUCGUAAUUCCAUAUUCAUCUAAUAUUACUUUCACUUUCCUUAUCUUUUUUUUUCAUUCAGUUUACGGUCGAUUGGUCUAAGCCGACCAGCUGAUCACGCGCUUGCUCACGCGAUUCCGCGAGAGCAGUUGAGCACCAGCGUGAGAACAAUCCAUGAGAACGCAUGCGCGCGAGUAACACGCAAUCAGACUUUGAAACCGACGUCGUUUCGCCUGGUUCCUCUCAGUCGCACUCCAACCGUUGGGUGGGUUUCACGCCGGUUGAAAGCGCGCUCCACAGUUCCCAGACACAAAUCAGGUCAUAUCCACAUCCA